CCAGAUUCCAGACACUACAGACAGUACUUUCACUCUCAGUCAAGUCAACGUCAACCUCGUCAUCACCAAACAAAAUAAAUGUCUAAACUUUAAAGUGUUAGACACUAAACACACAUAAAGAUACCUAAAGCCUUAUUCUCAAAAGACGCAAUUAAAACAAUCUAGGAUCCUCUUUUAGAAGAUUUUCUUCACUUACAAUAGUGAAUAGCCGAGUCCUAACCCAAAAUGCUGUUUCUCUUAACAAUACUUUCCUCUGGUCGGCAGACAUCAGGAAAUGUGACUUUUAGAAAGGGGUUGAGAGAACUUCAAAAACUUUAUCAACAUACAUCAACAGUGCCGAUAAACAAGACAUUUAGGGAUGGUAGAUUCAGUAAACAUGUCAAAUUUGACCAGCCAGUAUACAAGUACGCAGCUCUGCAUGGUGAAAAAAGUGCACUUCGGGACAAACAUGGCGAGUACUCAUACUCUGGACUUUUAGAUUCAAGUACAAAAUUUGCAGAGGUCAUACGUAAUGCUGUUGAAGGGAAGAGUGACGAAAGAGUGGUGUUUUUGUGUCCAAAUGACGCUAGCUACGUAGUCACUCAGUGGGCUUGUUGGAUCGGUGGACAGACUGCUGUGCCUUUAAGUAGACAUUUUCCUCCUCCAAUGAUGGAGUAUUUUGUCAAUGACUGUGACGCUAAACUGAUCGUCACUACACCUCAGUAUUCCAAAACUAUGACCCAGUUAGCAGAGAAAACGAAUAAGCGUCUAGUUGUCUUAGACGAUGUCUUUAGGAUUGAAGCUAUGGCACAGAAGUCAGAAAAUGAAGACAACAUUGUUCACAGCGAUAUUAAUGGGCUAAGGAAUGACUUAAGUGCAGAGAACAAACAUAACAACGACAAAGCAGCGCUUAUACUGUAUACCUCGGGCUCCACCGGCCCUCCUAAAGGCGUAGUGUUGACGCACAGGAAUCUACAGGCCCAAGUUUCCAGUCAGGUGGAGGCCUGGCAGUGGACUUCAGGAGAUGUCGUUCUGCACAGUCUACCUCUACAUCACAUACACGGAGUUGUCAAUGCCCUACUCACCCCUUUCAUGGUUGGCGCCAAGUGUGUGAUGCACUCAGCGUUCAAUCCGAGCGAGGUGUGGAACGAGUUUCUGGGCAAGAAAGAAGGUUCGACUGAUCGUAUUAGUGUCUUCAUGGGUGUCCCGACCAUGUACAUCAACCUGCUGAAUGAGUAUGACCAAUCCCUAACCAAGAAUGAGAGGAUGGUGGAGUAUGUGAAAGCAACUUGCUCAGAGAAAAUAAGGCUGAUGGUGAGUGGGUCGGCGCCUCUGCCCUCGCAAGUGUUUGAUUGGUGGCAGAUGGUGACAGGUCAUGAGAUCCUGGAGAGGUACGGCAUGACAGAGAUUGGCAUGGCGUUGUCCAACCCGUUGCAUGGCGAACGUAAACCUGGUUUUGUCGGCUCCCCAAUGCCUGGUGUGAGGGUGAGGAUUGUACAGCAAAAUGACAUACCUAGUCAGACUGAUGAAGUUUUAUGUGAGGGGGAUAACAUCAAGACUCGUAACUUUACCAACGAUUCUGCCGUCUCUGGCUUGCUACAGGUGAAGGGAGAAGGAGUGUUUUCCCAGUACUGGAACAAACCAGAAUCCACGGCGACGGACUUUACCUCGGACGGCUGGUUCAAGACAGGUGAUAUUGCAGAGUACAUAGAAGGAAGUUACCGAAUCCUGGGAAGGUCUUCAGUGGACAUAAUUAAAACAGGAGGGUACAAAGUGAGUGCUCUGCAGAUAGAGUAUGUCCUGCUCAACCAUCCAGACAUCAUAGAUGUUGCAGUGGUGGGCCUCCCCGACAUCACUUGGGGCCAGAAGAUUGCUGCUGUCGUCCAACUAAAGGAAGGUUCGUCUUUGGAUUUGAAACAAGUGCAACAUUUUGUAAAAGAAAGACUGCCUGUUUACAUGAUGCCAAGUAUGCUUAAAGUUGUCGAUAGCAUUCCAAGAAAUGCCUUAGGAAAAGUAAACAAAAAAGAAAUUGUCACAAACUUAUUCAAUAGGACAGCGGUUUAGACUGUACUUACUUAAAUGUGUAAUAUUUUCCAACUCAAAAUGAUAUUGAAAGUUAAAACUAAUAAUUUGUUCAACUAAAUUCUUUUUAGUACUGAAUCUAUUGGUCUGAUUGUAUAUUACCAGUUGAGUAGACCAGAACUUUUGAUCAGUGUCUCAUAUUUUUAAUUAAAUGUUACGACUAUUAAGCUGAGAACUUUGUAGAUAGUAAGACUGAUUGUAAAUACCAAUAAUGAACAAAAGUAAUUUCCUCAAUAUUAAGACUAAAUUGAGAAUUUGACUGUUUUGUUAAGACUGAAGAAUGGAUUGUAAAAUAUAUUGUUGUUGAAUACAAAUUUUGUAAUCAAGAAA